UUCUUUAUCACUUGCAAAACAAACACUUGCUCUCCAUUUCACUCUCAGAGCGUUCUGGCCUCUCAUCACUUUACUCAGUAAACUUUGGAACUUGAAACAUGGAGAAAGUCGGAAGUUCAAUAGUGUCUGGAAAGUGGAAAAACGAACUCGGUUCUGUGAUGGAGCUGAUGGAAAAUGAGAAUUGUCAGAUUACUGGGACGUACCUAACUGCUGUUACUUCAAAAGAGUCCAGCCACACUGAAGAAACUGCUGACCUUGUGGGCUACAUCAAUACAGACGAGACUAAACAGACCACUACUAUUGCCUUCUGCAUGGCCUGGAAGAUAGAAGGCUCAUGUAGUGCAUUCACUGGCCAGAUCUUCCAGGAUACCAAAGAUGGAAGUAUCAAAGAUGUAAUGAAGACAACCUGGAUUCUACAUUCACCUGUGGAUGGCCUCCAUGACAACUGGGAAGCAACAUGGUUAGAUGUUUAAUUUAGGGUGUACUCACACUAGGCGAUCUGAAUUGUACCAAGCAUGUUUGACCCCCAAAGUGCUUUUCUUCCGGUUCAAAAAAAAAAAAAACAUUGCAUCAUUGGGGGCUUUCACACAAACACAUUUGGUGCACACCCUGGUACAUUUGAUGUCAGAGUUUGGUUUGUUUGGAUAAUGUGAAUGCUGUUUUCUAAACUCGGGUGCGCACCCUCAAACUGUACCCGAGCCCACCUAAAAAGGGUGGUCUGGGGUACGGUUCCUGUGAACUCCGGUACGGUUUGCUUCUGAUGUGAAUGCAAGCGAACAAUUUACUUUCCU